AUGGAAGCUUAUGUCAAGGUAGAUAGCUGCCCAGAGGAACCACAAGUAUGGAUGAAAAAUAAUGAAGAGAGAGAUUAUGAUGAUGACCUUUAUGAUUCUGACAUGGACAUGCUCAGAUUUGAUGAUGACAAUUCUCCUUCCUUUAUCCUACUUAGCUCAGUGGCAAAGAAGCAUCCUAAAACUUGGGUCCAUUAUAUUGCUGCUGAAGAGGAGGACUGGGACUAUGCUCCUGCAGUUCUCACACCAACUGACAGAAGUUAUAAAAGUCAAUAUUUGAACAAUGGCACUCAGCCGAUUGAACAGAUUGCUGAAUUCAAGGAAGCUUUCUCCCUGUUCAAUAAAGAUGGUGAUGGCACCAUCACAACAAAGGGACUUGGAACUGUCUUAAGGUCACUGUGUGGGAACCCAGCAGGAGCUGAAUUACAGGAUGUGAUCAAUGAAAUGGAUGCUGAUGGUAAUGGCAUCACUGACUUCCCAAAAUUUUUGACCAUGAUGGCUAGAAAAAUGGAAGACACAGACAAUGAAGAAGAAAUCUGUGAGACAUUCCAAGUCUUUGGCAAGGAUGGCAAUAGCUACAUCAGUGCAGCAGAGCUAUGUCACAUCGUGACAAACUUUGGAGAAAAACUAACAGAUGAAGUAGAAGAACUGAUCAGAGAAGCAGGUAUUGAUGGGGAUGGACAAGUCAACUAUGAAGAAUUCCUGGAAGAGAAG